UGAUUAAUGUCUGAUUCAGAUCUGAAGCUCCUAACCCUGGUUAACUUAACUCUCCAUUUUCCAACAUCCUGACGUAAUAAAAGGCACGUAUCUUCGCUUCUCUGCAGUACAAAACACUCGUUACAGUUCUCCUCAGACAAAGAGAAGAUUUGUUGCAAGCUACUCAGCCAGUAAAAAAAAAUUCCAUUUUUGACCUCCGCUCCGUACAGCAAUGGCGUCCUCAUCAUUUCCAGAAGAAGUAUUAAAGCACCUGUUCUCGUUUUUAACCUCAGAUAAGGACCUGAACAGUAUAUCCUUAGUGUGCAAAUCAUGGUACGAGAUUGAGAGGCGGUGCAGGAGGAAAGUAUUCAUAGGAAACUGCUACGCCGUUAGCCCUGAAAUUAUGAUCAGACGGUUCCCUACUGAAGUUAGAUCCGUGAAGCUGAAAGGGAAGCCACAUUUUGCGGACUUUAAUCUAGUACCUGAAGGUUGGGGUGCGUAUGUACAACCUUGGAUUGCUGCAAUGUCGGGGACUUAUACUAUGCUUGAGGAGAUUAGACUUAAGAGAAUGGUUGUGAGUGAUGAGUCUUUGGAGUUGAUUUCUACUUCGUUUGAGCAUUUUAAGGUGUUGGUGUUGUUGUCUUGUGAAGGCUUUACUACUGAUGGACUUGCUGCAAUUGCUGCUAACUGCAGAAAUCUGAGAGAACUGGACUUGGGAGAAAGUGAAGUGGAGGACCUAAGUAGCGAUUGGCUCAGUUAUUUUCCUGAUAGCUGUACUUCACUGGUUUCACUUAACAUUUCUUGUUUGGGUUCUGAGGUCAGCUUCUCAGAUCUGGAGCGUCUGAUUGCUCGCUCUCCUAAUUUGAGGACUCUUCGGCUCAAUCAUUCUGUUCCCCUUGAGAAGCUUCCUAACCUACUUCUUGGCGCUUCCCAGUUGGUUGAAUUUGGUACAGGUGCCUUCUCUUCUGAGGUACAGUCUGAUAUUUUCUCAAACCUGGAAGAAGCUUUU